AUGGCCAGAGCCACAUUAAUAUCAUUUUAUUCGUCUUGCCACCUGUUUUCACCACUUUACUACCACAAAGCUGAUAUAAAAGAGUGGGUUUUCAUAAUCAUUACACUCAUCAUAAAACUGAAAGAAAUUAAUCGUACAAUUAGGAUCUUUGAGCUGGUCAACUUUGCGUUUGGAUUCCUCUCACUGGCGCAUAUGUCCACGGUACGAUCUAAAGGAACUGUUUUUCCAGUUAACAGUUGUCCGGGGAACAUUUCUGAAGUUGACCAUGCUUCCAAAAGACUAAAUUGCUCUGGAAUUGACAAGUUAAAAAACACAUAUCAUUGUUUACCAUUGGCUGACCUGUCUCAACUUGUUGAAUUGUGCUAUCAAACAAGCUAUUUAAUUGAAAAGGGAAAUUGUAUGGUCCUUCAAUCCGGAUAUUUAAACAACCGAUCAUGUCUGCAUUUUACUGAAGGCUGUCCCAAGACGCCUUACCAAUCCAAACUGAUGCUGAAUUAUCCAGUUUGUACAAAAAUUAACAAACAAAACAGAUGCUAUCUAGCUGACCCUUCCUGUCCCAGUUUACGCAGUGACUUUGAAGUCACGACUGCUCCUCCUACAAUCAACGUCAGUCUAUUAUGGACCACUUCAACCAGUUCGGAGGAUUCUGAAUUUAGCAAAACCUGGAUAGCAGUACCCGUUGUAUCAGCUGCACUUGCCGUUAUAGUGUUCACUUUAUGUUUGAUAUGGAAACUAAAAUGUCGUCGUAAAGCCGAUGAGAUCAAAUCUGGAGAAAUUGGGAUGGAUUCAAUAGCCAGUCAAUAUUCAGAAACGGAGGCUUUAUUACAGGAGAACGAAAAUGAAGACCAGUAUGAAGGAGGUACAAAUCUUAUAGAGGAUAUUCUGAGAAGUUGGCAACAGGACGACAAGUAUUUUGUGCCAACAACAGCAAGCAAAUUUGUAGAAGAAAAGAUUAAAAGUCAAAAUCUGGUCACGGUCGUCGGUAAUUCUGGUAGCGGAAAAACGGCAAUUAUCCAACACAUCGCGCUUAAGUUACAAAGAGAACAGGGAUGGAAUAUUAAACCUGUCGAUGAGGUGAAAGAAAUAAAAGAAAUAUGUUCUCCUGGAAUCUCGCCAGAUAACCAAACACUGUUUAUACUGAAUGAUCCUAUUGGUAAGGAGACCUUAGAUGAUAUAUCAUAUAAUUCAUGGAAAACUUACGAGACAACAUUACAAACUUGCUUGAAAAGAGUUAAAUUAUUGGUGUCAUGUAGAAGAUGUGUCAUUAAUGACAAGAAAUUAGAAGGUAUUCUCAAAAAGGAGUCUAACAUAGUAGAAAUUGACAGCGACGAAUUAAAACUGACAGAUAAAGAAAAAAGGAAGAUCUUAAAUAAAUACUGUCAGCAUAUGGAUAUAUCUGAAGAGAAAGUUAGGGAAAUUAUCAAAACAGAAGCUUAUUUUCCUUUGCUUUGUAAAGUGUUCUCAUGUGAAGUGAGUUGCAGAGAAGGAGUUAACCUCUUUAAAAACCCCUUUCUGUACAUACAACAGGAAAUCGUACAUUACAAAAUACAUGAUAAACAUAAAUAUUGUGCCCUACUUUUGAUCAUGGCAUUCAAUAACAAUUUAAAUAUUUGCUCUAUAAAGAAAGAUGAAAUAUCAUUAGAUAAAUACAAAGACAUUUUAGGGAUUUGUGAACUAUCGGACAACGUAAACGUUGCUGUCAUUGGAAGAACUUUACAUGAACUGGAUGGAUCUUACGUCAAACGUAUCGGGCAAUGUUACAAAUUCCUUCACGACUUUAUAAUGGAGAUAACGACUCUAGUGUUCGGUGUUGAUUGUCCACAAGAGACGAUACGAUACGCGGAUAGUGGUUUUCUAAGACGCCGAGUGAAGAUAGAGAACGAUGAAGAUGAGGAAGAUCGCGAUCUCUUCACCAUUUACCUGUCUGAAGAGUACAUCGGUGAUCUUGUGGAUCGGUUUAUUAUUGACAUGCAAACACAACACCUUCUAGAUGUUCUACUCAAUCCUUGUUUAAGGAAAGAGAGUGUCAUCAAAUUCUUAAAAGAAAAGGUAGAUUCAAUUGAAAUGAUUCUUGUUAGAAUCAAGUGUGAAGUAGACAGAUCGGAAUUUUCAAGCUCAUUUAAAGGUGGUGGUUUGUCAAGACUUCAUUUCCUUGAUUUGAAAGAUGAAAUUUGCCCUUUGAUCGGACUCAUUAUAUUUUUUCAUAAUGACAUUUCUUCAUUUUUCUUGAGAAAAAUUAAUGAAACAACCUGUAACAAUUAUCCUAUAUUUUCCGCCGUGUGUGCAAAUGGUAAUUUGAAGCUAUUAGAUUCUCUAAACGAGGAAUAUAAAAAGUCAGCAAUAUUUGAAAUUUGGCAUAUUUUUUUACCAAUUCAUGUUGCUUCUGUAUUUCAUAAUUUUUCCAUAAUUGGGAAUUUAGUGCAUUUCGGUGCUGACGUGAACAAACUUACAACUGUAGACAAAUGGACUCCAUUGUUAUUAGCUAUUGCAAAUGACGAAGAACAUUUCACAGAGGCGGAAAUAGAAACAAAAGAAGGAGAGAGACGUAAUGAGACCAUUAUUUGCUUAUUAAACUACGGUGCUAACAUCAAUUUAUGUAGAAACAAUGGAACCAGCCCUCUUUAUAUAGCCUGUCAAAAUGGACAUGAUAGCACGGUACAAUUGCUUCUGAACAACGGUGCCGACAUCAAUUUAUGUAAAAACGAUGGAACCAGCCCUCUUUAUAUAGCUUGUCAAAAUGGACAUAAUAGCACGGUACAACUGUUACUGAACAACGGUGCCGACACAAAUUUAUGUACAAACGAUCGAACCAGUCCUCUUUAUAUAGCUUGUCAAAAUGGACAUGAUAGAACGGUACAAUUUCUUCUGAACAAUGGUGCCGACAUCAAUUUAUGUACAAGCGAUGGAACCAGCCCUCUUUAUAUAGCUUGCCAAAUUGGACAUGAUAGCACAGUACAACUGUUACUGAACAACGGUGCCGACAUCAAUUUAUGUACAAACAAUGGAACCAGUCCUCUUUAUAUAGCUUGUCAAAAUGGACAUGAUAGCACGGUACAACUGUUACUGAACAACGGUGCCGACACAAAUUUAUGUACAAACGAUGGAGCAAGUCCUCUUCAUCCAGCUUGUCAAAAUGGACAUGAUAGCACGGUACAACUGUUACUGAAUAACGGUGCCGACAUCAAUUUAUGUACAAACAAUGGAACCAGCCCUCUUUAUAUAGCUUGUCAAAAUGGACAUGAUAGCACGGUACAACUGUUACUGAACAACGGUGCCGACAUCAAUUUAUGUACAAACGAUGGAACCAGUCCUCUUUAUAUAGCUUGUCAAAUUGGACAUGAUAGCACGGUACAACUGUUACUGAACAACGGUGCCGACACAAAUUUAUGUACAAACGAUGGAGCAAGUCCUCUUCAUCCAGCUUGUCAAAAUGGACAUGAUAGCACGGUACAACUGUUACUGAAUAACGGUGCCGACAUCAAUUUAUGUACAAACAAUGGAACCAGCCCUUUUUAUAUAGCUUGCCAAAUUGGACAUGAUAGCACGGUACAACUGUUACUGAACAAAUGUGCCGACACAAAUAAAUGUACAAACAAAGGAACCAGCCCUCUUUAUAUAGCUUGUCAAAUUGGACAUGAUAGUACGGUACAACUGAUACUGAACAACGGUGCCGACAUCAAUUUAUGUACAAACGAUGGAACCAGUCCUCUUUAUAUAGCUUGCCAAAAUGGACAUGAUAGCACGGUACAACUGUUACUGAACAAUGGUGCCGACAUCAAUUUAUGUUCAAACGAUCGAACCAGCCCUUUUUAUAUAGCUUGUCAAAAUGGACAUGAUAGAACGGUACAAUUUCUUCUGAACAAUGGUGCCGACAUCAAUUUAUGUACAAGCGAUGGAACCAGCCCUCUUUAUAUAGCUUGCCAAAUUGGACAUGAUAGCACAGUACAACUGUUACUGAACAACGGUGCCGACAUCAAUUUUUGUACAAACUAUGGAACCAGUCCUCUUUAUAUAGCUUGUGAAAAUGGACAUGAUAGCACGGUACAACUGUUACUGAACAACGGUGCCGACAUCAAUUUAUGUGAAAACGAUCGAGCCAGCCCUCUUUAUAUAGCUUGUCAAAAUGGACAUGAUAGCACGGUACAACUGUUACUGAACAAUGGUGCCAACAUCAAUUUAUAUACAAACGAUGGAACCAGCCCUCUUUAUAUAGCUUGUCAAAAUGGACAUGAUAGCACGGUACAACUGUUUCUGAACAAUGGUGCCAACAUCAAUUUUUGUACAAACAAUGGAACCAGUCCUCUUUAUAUAGCUUGUCAAAUUGGACAUAAUAGCACGGUACAACUGUUACUGAACAACGGUGCCGACAUCAAUUUAUGUACAAACGAUGGAGCAAGUCCUCUUUAUAUAGCUUGUCAAAAUGGACAUGAUAGCACGGUACAACUGUUACUGAACAACGGUGCCGACAUCAAUUUAUGUACAAACGAUGGAACCAGUCCUCUUUAUAUAGCUUGUCAAAAUGGACAUGAUAGCACGGUACAACUGUUACUGAACAAUGGUGCCGACAUCAAUUUAAGUACAAACGAUGGAACCAGUCCUCUUUAUAUAGCUUGUCAAAAUGGACAUGAUAGCACGGCACAACUGUUACUGAACAACGGUGCCGACACAAAUUUAUGUAGAAACAAUGGAGCAAGUCCUCUUCAUCCAGCUUGUUAAAAUGGACAUGAUAGCACGGUACAACUGUUACUGAACAACGGUGCCGACAUCAAUUUAUGUACAAACAAUGGAACCAGCCCUUUUUAUAUAGCUUGCCAAAAUGGACAUGAUAGAACGGUACAACUGUUACUGAACAACGGUGCCGACAUUAAUUUAUGUACAAGCGAUGGAACCAGCCCUCUUUAUAUAGCUUGCCAAAUUGGACAUGAUAGCACAAUACAACUGUUACUGAACAACGGUGCCGAAAUCAAUUUACGUGAAAACGAUGGAACCAGCCCUCUUUAUAUAGCUUGUCAAAAUGGACAUGAUAGCACGGCACAACUGUUACUGAACAACGAUGAGGACAUUUAUUUAUGCACCAACGAUGGACUCAGUCCACUUUAUAUAGCUUGUCAAAAUGGACAUGACAGCAUGGUACAAAUCACGGUACAACUGUUACUGAACAACGGUGCUGACAUCAAUUUAUGUAACACCGAUGGAGUCAGUCCUCUUCAUAUAGCUUGUCAAAAUGGACAUGAUAGCACGGUAAAACUAUUAGUAAUCAACGGGGCAAACAUCAAUCUCUGUGAAAACGAUUGAGCCAGAACUCCAGAACAGC